CGAUCUACCAAGAAUUGUCGAGCACACCUUUUUGAACAGUUGAUACAACCAUGAAAGUGAUAGCAUAAGUAAGGCAAUUCAAAAGAGAGUGUGAGCCUCGAGCUUGCCCGAUUUCAGAACGGUGCAGCCAUCACGAUUUGAAGAUGCGUGCACUGCCUCGGCGCCUCAUUUGUCCUAUUGGCCUUGUCUCUGAUUGCCGCAGGCGUCAAGUAAACGCCAUCGGGAACCAUCAAGGCUAUGAAAACAUCAUCCAACAUCCUUGUGGGAAAGACUAGAACCAAAUUACAGGAAUCAUGAGCUAUCCCGGAUAAUUGCUCUACUGUACCGGACACCUUUCUCUCUUCUAUAUCCGUUCCGCAAUCACACUUUCUCGAAGACCAAUGUCGAUCAGAGAUGACGAUCAGGCGCGGGCGCAGUGUCUGCAGAAGCCUCUUCGCCGCAUGCGCGGAGAGAUUCGGCUGAAAUCCAGUGACGAUUCAUUCCUUUCUUGGCUUGAUGAGAAUCUCCUGAGCGAUUCAGAAGAUGAAGAUAGCUCAAAUAAUCCCGCCCCUAGGCCUAUCAAAACUCCGAUACGGACACCUCGAUUGGUCAUCGCGAUAGACUAUGGAACCACUUCAACUAGCGUCGCCUAUGCUUUUCCAAGCUCCGACUGCGCCAGCCUUGAUGACAUUAAAGUCGUGCAGGACUGGGGCCCACAUAUGGGAAUCUCGAGUAGAAUACCAAGUCUCAUCUCCUAUUCGCAGCCAAACAACAGAGAAUAUCAACAAUGGGGAGCAAGCAUAAGCGAGUCCUCCAUGGUAAUCAAAAACAUCAAGGAGGAACUUGAUGGAUCAAACAACAGUUUGGCUGAGCUGCAGGGUAUCCUGCAACCUUCGGAAGGGACGAGUAGUCUAGACUUCAAUGAUGCGAAUGCUUACGGCGGGAACUCAAAGCAAACACGGAAGAGGCCAGAAGAUAUUGUCACGGAUUAUCUAACGAAAGUUUGUUCGUACAUGCACCUCCUUGACGGACUCGAGGGAUCCCAUCUGAGGUCAAGAAUAGAGGUCGACAUUAUUAUUACAGUACCAGCGAGCUGGUCUCAGCGUGGCAGAAAUUUGCUCCUUCAAGCGGUCAAUAAUGCUGGAUUUAAUGCAGAGACAUUUCCCAACCUCAGGAACUACACUAUAAUUCCCGAGCCAGAGGCGGCCGCGAUAUAUCUCAUAAGACACCUCGAAGACGAUAAAAACAUAAAUUUUCUCAAGCUAAACCAAUGUUUCGUCGUGUGUGACGCCAGUAGUAGAGCCGUUAAAACCAUCUCGUACAGAGUCACGCAACUGAAGCCGACUCUAGAGCUUGAAGAAAUAAGCAUUCCCACAGACGGAAUCCAUGGGUCGGAGAUCGUCGACGAAAAUUUCAAGCGAUGGCUUCGAGGAAGACUGGGUGAAAGGAACUACAAGAAGCUAGAUCCACAUAGCACAGGCCAAGGAAUAGGUGCCUCUGUCACCGAGCAAGAGAAUAUGACACUACUCAUGAGACGUUUCGAGGAAAAGAAGAGAUCGUUUGUCCGCACAAUGAAGGAAAUAUAUCUGACCUUGCCGCAACCUAUGAACAUAAAUAAUAUCUUGGCAGGGGUUUUACACAGCGAUUUGAAGAUUACUGGGGAGGACAUGAGAGAGUUUUUUGACCCAUGUAUAGACGGGAUUAUCAAUCUCAUCCUGGGGCAAUUUCAGCAAGUCCAUCUGAAGAAGAAUCGAGUCAAGGACGUUUUCUUGGUUGGAGGUUUCAGCGAAUCGCCAUACUUACGGGACGAAAUCAAAGAGUCCUUAAGAUUGAGAAGAGUUGCAUUGCGUUAUCCAGACAAGCACAAGAUCCACAAUGCAGUUGUUCAAGGUGCAGUUAUCUAUGGCAUUGAAAACCCCGCCGAUGGGUACUCGCCCCUUCUUUCGGAUCUUGUAGGAAAUGAUGUUUCCAACAAAGCUCCACAAACGCCAAUUGAAAACACUCCGGGCAGAGUUGCGGACGUUGUUCUUGAAAAAGAGCCGCUGCCGUCAACCCAAGAUAGCUCCGAUGGGACUGUGACAACAGACUACGAAGGGACAGCUCUACGCGGUACGGAUGGUAUUCCGGAGUCUACAUUACCUACCACAAUUUCCGAAAAAGUGGACAACAAGCAGAGAGAGGUAGAAGACACGAUAUCAAUUUUCACGGACAAUCAGUCUUUGGGGUUACCAGAAACCCUGCGUACAACUCUCAUUAAGGACAUUGCUGCCAAAGUCUGGGAUUCCACACACAGCUCGCUAGAGCUCUGCGACGAUGAUGUGAUCCGUAUAUCAGCGGCACUGCCCAAUCUUCUGAAGGAAAUGUCUCUCGAGCUUGCAUGCAGUGCGAACACAGUCAUUGAGCAGCGGGCGAUCGCUUUCAUCCGACGCUAUAGAGGAUAUAUCACAGAUUUCUUUCAAGCGUCGAGGGACACGUUGGAUGACGAGCCUGCAUCAAGUCGCCGCAACUCUGACGGAUUCACAGUGGAAGAGAAAAUUGACCUAUGGAAUAUCACUGAGUCACUUACAACCGAUCAGCCAUCUGAGUAUGCGCCGUCACCAGAAGAGUCAUCGGAGACAAGAGUAUCAGAAAAUGUGACGUCUAUGAUACGCAUGGAGAUUUCCAACGGAGUAUUUGAACAGUACCCUCGAGAAGAUGACCAUAAAUAUGACGAGACAUCUGGAGACGAGAACUCUCUGAAGAGCGGAAACAUAAGCGAUGAUGAGAAGUUUAGUCGCCAUACUACCAUCCCAGAUUUGCCACAAGCGUGGUCUUUCAUUUUUGGCAGCGAAGCAUUCACCCGCCUUCUCAUCAACAUCCAGAUUGUCUCACGUUUGACUCCACGGCAAGGUGAAACAGUGGAAGAGAUACGCAAUAGCAUUAUUGAGGAAAUAUCCCGCAGUGCUAAUUUCAGGGAGAGAGUAUCUUCAGGGUCUACAUUCUCCGCAUUCUUUCAGAUUAGCUGGGAUCCACUGUUCUUUUUGACAGAACAGUAUAACACGCAAAAUCUACCACCCAUCAGAGACGUAAUCACGCUGAGUGGAAAUGCAAUCGAUGCACAAGCCACAACCUGUGGCCAAUACGUUCAGCAGGUAUGGUCCGACAUAGGACUAGAAGUAUUAGAGGCAAUUCAGGGGGCUGUCCAUGACUCUAGAUCUUCUUGUAAAUCUAUCUUGGCUGAUGAGACUAUCUUGUCUGAUGGGACUAUCUUGAAUGUGGAGAUAUCUGGAGGAUUCUUACAUGUGAAUGCGAGAGGAACAAUGAGCAGAUUGGCCAAUGUUGGAGAGCAACUUUCAUGGAUGGGCGCCAGUUGUCGAUCCUCUCUACUGACCAGCAAGAUUUGCUAUUGCACGCCUUUCAUUGUAACCGCUAGGUCCUUUGUACCAUCAUUUUUCAUCGACUUCACCUACCAGGACCUCGAAGAUGACUCCCAAAAUGGCUCAUGCUGGAGGCAAUUGUUCAAAAAUCCAGUUGUUGCAAGGGGCUUUCCCAUCCUUGCCAGGAUUAAUGAUGAAAAAGGCUUGGAGAUCCCAUUAAACAUGAUGGCUGGACUGGGUGGAGCUGAAAGGGCUACUGUGUUCAACGGUCAACUGGUGGUCAAAGGAUUUUCAACGAUGUUUGUGCCCACGAGAAGAAUUUCUAGCUCCAUUCUCUGGCAUUUCCUUUUCAACAGAGACAACUCUCGGAUUUCCUAUUCCGCUGCGAAGCAGCUCGUCGCUGGUCAAGAUCCUGUUACCGUCGACUAUCAAUGCUUGCCUACUGCUCGAAUGUUUUUAGGAUGGGCAUCGUCAGUCCAGCUGCAUACAGGUACCUCCGAUAUAGAAUAUGCAAAUCUUGGAUUCACUGGAUCCAACUUUGCAACGGCAGGUUGUGCUCUAUCGGGCGUCACAAUCUCAGGCGGCAGGUUCAUCACUGGCGGCGCAAGCUUUGUACCAGGAAAUAAAGAUCGUAUGCUAUCGCUCUCAAAUUCAGAACCGUACUACCUGAAGAUGGAGUCGGCAAGCACCUGGAAUGUGGUCUUCUAUGAUACUGAUGAUCGACGUGCAUGGCUGGUCGACGGAGGUAACGCUUUGCUCCACUUGACCAGAGCUCGGCUUUCUCAGAAGCGCCUCGCAAGAAAUUUAGACUUAAAUUUCGAAGACUUUCCUUACGCAGAUUCAAGUCAUGGGCGACUUGCUGCAUUGAUAUCUUUGGGAGUCAUCGCCGCACGUGAUCACGUUCUUAUUACGGAUUCGGCAUCAUUCGGACAGCCUUCAACAGCAACACACAAGUGGGGACUGAAAGAUAUAGUUCUCGGUUAUUGGCACAUUUUGGAACAGAUUCAGGAUCAUCAAGAGGUACUCUCCAACCCUGGAAAGUCAAUCAGAAUGACCGACCGAGAAAAGCUGGAGGGAUUCGGCUUUGUGGAUAUCAUUAGCGGGCGAACUUCGAUCCGACCCCGCGUUGCGUAUCUGGAGCCUAGUGGCAGAGGUUGGGUGGAUUUUCUCCAUCAAAUACAGGCUAUAACUCUCAUGGCGAGAGGGUUUGGAGAACUAAUCCGGCCAACAGAGAGAAGCAAUCCGUUGUGCAAAGCCUGGAGACAAGUCCCGAAAGGAAGAGAUUAUCUUGUGGCACGCGUUGCACAGCUCUUUGAUAUAUGUGAUUUUGGGGGGAAUCUCGACUGCCAACCCUUGGAGCUUGUUCAGGGGCUUUAUUGGCAUAAAGGAGGUCAUCUUUUUGAGCCUUGUAGCGCUACUACUUGCAUGGCAAAUUGCGAUCGGGUGCAAGUGCUUCUUCCCAAAGCGACUCUGGGGUCGAAGAAAUAUCCCGAUGGACUCUUCGAGGGUGAAAUGGAAGGAGCCGUUGUUUUUGGACACAGCAGAAGGCUCCCUAAAUUCUGGCCAAGGAACCCCAAAAGUGGACCAUUUGAUGAUCUCGCUGAAUGUGACGCUGAGGAUAGUAGAAGAUCACAGAGUCCACCACCACAAAUCGACUUCCAUGAUAGUGGACUGGGAACCGAACUCAUGGGCACCGAUGAGUCCAGUAAGGUAAGAACCAGAACGACUGAGUCACUACCGUCACGAGUUUCCAUUGCAAGCAACGCCGGUCCAGCUGUUAUGUCAGGGGCUAUUACAGAUAUCAACUUGAAUUCCGAACCCACAGCCAGACCCUCUGAAUCUGACGACCAAGUUGUUCUCCCUCUGCCAAUCGCCUUCUCACCUCCGGCGUUACGAACGCGGAAAGGCAAGGAAGCAAUGCGACCUCUGAGCAAUUUGAUGAAUAAUCUUCGUAGGGUCUCAAGUUAUAGAAAGAGAAAAGAGUAAUAUGUAU